CAAGGGUCGGUGAGCUGUACUGCACGAAUUCGAAUAAUCAACGAAUGAAAAUCUUUACCUUAACUCGUGGUGAAAUCUCAGUUUAUCAAAAAUUUCAAAAGAAGGCUGAAUCAAAUAGGUAGUUGACGCGGAACACCAGAUCUGGGUUUUUAAAGGAACAUAUUGAUGGUGUUCUACUGAGUCAAUGUCACUGUAAAACCUUCACUUCGAAAUGGCGCGAUAUUGCGAAAUGUCUGUCAGUGAUUUAUGAUGUUCAAGUGUUUGCCAAUCAUAGGACCUUGUGGUCGACAUAUAGAUCAUAUUGAUCGACGUCAUUCAAAGCUUGAACAAGUUCCAGAUGAUGUAAUAAGAAAUUUUCGUACUUUAGAAGAGUGUCGUUUAGAUGCCAAUCAAAUCAAGGAAUUACCAAAGAACUUUUUCCGCCUGAAGCGCAUUCGUCUCCUCACACUGAGUGAUAAUGAGUUAACACGCUUGCCAACUGGAAUUGGCAGCUUCUCUAAUCUUGUGGAGUUGGACAUUAGUAGAAAUGAUAUAUCUGAGCUUCCUGCGAGUAUUCGGUUUUGUGAUUCUUUACAGAGUUUGGAUGUAAGCAAUAAUCCUUUGCAAAGCUUACCUGCUGGAUUCUGCCAGUUGCGCAAUCUUCGAGUUUUAUGUCUUAAUGAUAUUUCGAUUGCUGAGCUUCCAGAAGAAAUAGGCAGUUUACAGUUACUAGAAAAACUAGAACUUCGUGAUAAUUGUCUCAAGUCAAUACCAGAUUCUUUCGCUGAUCUUAUUCAUUUGGAGUUUCUUGAUCUUGGUGCCAAUGAGUUUCAAGAGUUGUCUCCCGUAAUUGGUCAGCUCUCUCGAUUGAGCGAAUUAUGGAUAGAUGAUAAUGAAUUGAGAUCAUUACCUGAAGAGUUGGGAAAUCUUGGGAAUUUGCAACAGUUGGAUUUAUCAGAAAACCUUAUUUCUACUCUGCCUGAAAGCAUCUCGGGAUUAGUUUCACUGUCGGACUUAAAUUUAUCACAAAAUAGCAUAACACAUUUACCAAAUGGCUUAGGUGAUUUAGACAAGUUGAUCAUUUUAAAGCUCAACCAAAAUCGACUGUUAACAGUAACACCAACUAUAGGAAACUGUUCCAGUUUACAAGAAUUAUAUUUAACUGAAAAUUUUCUUUCUAAACUCCCGUCUUCUAUUGGCAAUUUAGUCUCCAUGUUUCAUCUGAAUGUUGAUCAAAAUCAAUUGACUGAGUUACCCUCUGAGAUUGGUCAAUGUGCAUCACUUAAUAUUUUGUCUCUUCGAGAAAAUAAUUUGCAUAGAUUACCCAAUGAAAUUGGUAAUUGUACACGUUUACGAGUUUUGGAUGUUUCUGGGAAUAGACUUGAUCGUUUACCGUUUAGUUUAUCAAGAUGCUCAUUGACAGCUUUAUGGCUUUCACAGAAUCAAUCUCAACCAGUUAUUACGUUACAAAGAGAUGUGGAUCCUGUUAAUCAAGAACAGUAUCUCACAUGUUAUUUACUACCACAGGAUCAACUAGACUCACGCGUUGAAACUGAUCCAACUAUGUCACCAUCUGAAUUAGAUAGCUUUUCUGCUUCACUAAACGCCAACACUAAAACAAACCAUGAUUUACUUGACAAUAUCAGUGCUGAAAUAAAUCAUACCUAUGAGCCUGCAGAUAUGCAUAUAUCAAUUCCUCAAUCAGAUCUUUCAAAAAAUGGAAGUAUUUCACCAUCGAAACAUGAAUCGACUAAACCAUCGACUUCACCAUCAUCAACACUGAAUGAUAAUUCAGCAAUCACAAAUGAUCCUAAUUCAUUAAACAAUCAUCAUUCAAUUAAUUCUACAACUAAUCCUACAAAAAAUUUACCAUAUUCAAAUUCAUCUAUUAAUUCACCGUCAAAUGUAAAUCGUAAUUUAGAUUCAUCCUAUACAUCACCAAAUCAUAUAAAUGAUCUUUCUACCUCAUCUGCACAUUCAUCUCUAUCUAUGCAAACAUCUGCAUCAACUCGUGUUCAUUUCUCUGGUUCAGUUAAACCUGAUGAGAUGGAUAAAUCAGGUUCCAAAGGUUUUCCAAAAACACGUCAUCCCCGUUCCGGUAAAAAAGCUACUGAUAAUCAUCUUAUUAGCGGUAAAGACGAUUCCAGUCAAUGCAAAAGUGCUAAUUUAUCUUCAAAUACAUUUUCUGAUGGCACCAGUUCUGCUAGUUCAUCAGAAUCUCUAAAUGAUGGAACUGCUCCAAUCUCACUGUCGGAAUCAUUAAAUCAUGAUUGGAAGUCUCCAAAACCUAUUGAUUCUAAUUUUAACUCUUCCAUUUAUCCAAAUCAUCUAAUGAAAUCGAAUGAUGGGAGUUCUGUGGUGACUAACGAUAAUCUUAUCUCCACCGAACCGACUGCCAAACCACGCAAUAAAUCUCAACAUGUUACAGAAAUGUUUGGUAAUAAACCUCCUCAAUCUUCUAAUUUUUUCAAUGAACACCCAGCGUCAAAAUCUCCUACAGAAAUAAGUAAACCUAAAAUUCCUAGCGAUACCGUAAUUAGGAUGGCCUCUGUAGAAGAUACUUCAGAUGCUCAUUCCAAUCGUGGAUCUCCGGUGAAAAAAUUUCCCGAUACUUUGGACGUACAAGGGAAUCUUGAGGAGGAUGCCUAUAGUAGUGGAGGUGAAGAGAUUUACGUUAUUUCUAGACGAGUUGGGUUCACAGAUGAUGUGGAAGAUAAUGAAGAGAAAUCAAAUCAAAAACUUAUUCGACGUGAUACACCACAUUAUACAAAACGCGCUCGAAUUCAGUCAAAAACAGCUGAUGGAAUGGAUAGUGAAGAAGCAGUAUUGAAAAUAUUAGAAAAGUAUCGAGCAUCCGUUUCACCGAAUCCUGAUUCAAAUUCAAUUGAUUUUGACGGAGCUGUAAAACGAUUUGCCUCCCCAUUUGGUGGAUUAAGUCCUCCUGAUAUCCCAUUACAAAGUCGUGACUUGCAUUCUCCAUCAUCGUUACAUAGACAACCUGUUGUCGGUUGUCAACAAGAACAAGUUGAAGUUCACAUCCAUCGACAACCUAAUGCUGGUUUAGGUCUUAGCGUGGCUGGUGGAGUUGGGUCAAUACCAUUUCGUGGUUUAGAUCAUGGUAUAUUUGUUAGUCGGUUAAAUCCUACUGGAUUAGCUGCCACUUCAGGACUUAAACUUGGCGAUAAACUAUUAGAGGUUAAUGGUGUUAGUCUUAUCAAUGUCGAACAUAAUGUAGCUGUAUCUGCUUUACGUGCCAAUACAAAUUACUUCCGUAUUCUAGUUGGUCGUGAUAUUCAAAUGUCUACGAAAGCAGACAAUUAUAAAAUUAUCCCCCCUAUGUUAUCAGGAACAAAAUUAAACCUGUCGACUCAAUCACCACAGGUUAUGGGAACUAUUAACACCAAAGAAAUACCUGAAUUUAUUCACUGUACAUUACACCGAGAUUUAAAUGGUCUAGGAUUUAGUAUUGCCGGUGGUCAAGGCUCACUUCCUCCACCAUUAGAUAAUGAAAAUUGCAAAUAUCUUGAGGCUAUAUAUGUUAGUAAAAUAACAGAAGGUGGAGCCGCUCAUAAACAAGGCCAACUUCGAAUUGGUGAUCAAAUUAUUAGCAUAAACGGUGUCGAUAUUAGAAACGCUCGUCACGAUGAAGCUAUUUCGUUGUUAACAAGUUCUAACGAUUCGGUAGACUUGGAAUUACUUCGUUAUAAUCCUGACAUGACCGAUAAUAUCGAUAGUCUUCCGAAAACGUCAGCUAACGGUUUUAUAACGUCAUCAAUUCUGGCAGUUAAAAGAUCGAAUAAUCAACAAAAUACUACGAAGACUACAGAUUUGACGAAUACAGACAGUCAUAUUUCUGAGAAAUGUGAUUCUCGGGUUUACUUAUAUAGUGAAAAGGGUAUUCCUGUGGAAAGAAUUACGGUUCGAAAUGAUGGUGGACCUUUGGGUUUAGCUAUCUGCGGAGGAUCCGAUAUUAGUUGCCUUCCGUUUGGUAACAAAGAACCAGGUAUUUUUAUAUCCAAGAUCUCCCUAGAUGGUGCAGCUCUUAAUACUGGCUUACGUAUCGGAGAUAGAGUUCUUAAAGUUAAUGGAGUCGACUUGAGGCACGCUACACAUGAUGAAGCAGUACAAGCUUUAAUCCAGCCUGUUAAAGAACUGCAAUUAGAUGUACGGAGAGAUCCUCCGCCGCCAGGGUUAAGGCGUAUCACUGUGACGAAACGACCUGGAGAACGAUAUGGACUACGUGUAACAGGUGGACUUAACACUCGUGAUAGUAACGUGAUAACUAAUUUAACAUCACAUUACUCAUCACUAGCCAAUGAUGACGGGAUAUUUGUUACAUGGGUUUCACCAGAUAGUGUCAUUGCUCGAGACGGCAGAUUGAAGCCAGGUGACAGAUUAUUGGAGGUCAACGGACAUUGGUUGAUGGGAGUUACUCUUGAUGAAGUUUUGCACAUAUUUUGGGAAUCCAAAUCGACUCUGUCAUGUGUGGUAUGCGAUGGUCCAGUCGAAUUCGCUCUCCAGAUUAAUAAAACAAGCCAUUCAACGAAUACUGAACCGUCUACAUAUUCUCCUGCUAUGCCAUUUUCUAUCAUACGCUCCACAAUGCCCGAAAUCGCUGAUGCAUCUGUCGACGAUAAUCCUACCUCUAACUCACAAUUAGAGAAAGCAAACUGCAUCCACAGAUUGAACUCAGAGGCUGCUGUGCGUCACUAGUAUCAACUAAACUGAAUGGUGGUUGGCGCGAAAGCACUCGUGGUGAUAUUUAAAUAUACAUUUUCUCUUCAUUUCAUUACCUUCAACUAGACUUUGAACCAAUCUUUUAAAUGACAUAGUGAUUUACUCACGCUUAUUUUGUUCCCUGUAAAGAGUUGUACAGCGCCUUAAUAAUUUUUUUUUAUUCCUUGCUCACAAUUUUAGUGAUGUAAGAACAAUUGUGUAUCUCCUUACAAUCGAUAGCACAUACCCUCGUGCGCUUAUGUACUUUUUUAUGUUUAAAUUUCAAUAAAAAUGUUCCGUUUGUUUAA